AAUACGGUGAGAGAGUGAGUUCAAUUUCUAUAACAUAAAUCUAACAAAAUCUCCUUAUUCCCAAUAUUGUCAACUCCCACUCUGGAUGAGUCUCUCUCAAGUCUCAUCUGAAGAUCAUUUUUCUUAUAGUGUAUAAUUCCAAUUUAUACCUGAAUCGUCUCUGUAGAUUGAGAGUGAGGACGCGAUCUAUCGAUCAUGGGGAAUCAAGAAGAAGAAACGACGAUAGGACUCCGAAGAAGAGGUUGUUCAUACCAAAAAGGAGACUUUCUGCCGGAGGAAUCCUUUAAGACAUGGGAUAACUACACAACCGCAUUGAUGGAGACUCCCCACCGGUUGAUGGACCGGUUGUUGACGCGUUCAGGCGACCAGGCGGAGCUCGAUGCUAAGGCGCGAAGUCAGACGCAGAUGAAGAAGACACUGACGUGGUGGGAUCUGAUCUGGUUUGGGAUGGGCGCUGUAGUUGGAGCAGGAAUCUUCGUGCUCACCGGACUUGAAGCUCGAGAGGAUGCUGGUCCUGCAGUUGUGUUAUCCUACGUCGUUUCCGGCGCCUCCGCUCUCAUGUCUGUGUUUUGCUACACCGAGUUUGCCGUCGAGAUACCUGUUGCAGGUGGCUCGUUUGCUUAUUUGAGGGUGGAGUUAGGAGACUUUGUGGCCUUUAUUGCCGCUGGUAACAUCCUCUUAGAGUAUGUGAUUGGCGGAGCUGCGGUGGCGCGUUCAUGGACAUCCUACUUUGCCACCCUCUGUAACUACGAGCCUAACGACUUCCGCAUCACAGCUCAYGGGCUCGCAAAGGACUACAACCAUUUGGACCCAAUCGCAGUAGGUGUCAUUGCGAUCAUUUGCAUCAUCGCGAUUGUCAGCACCAAAGGCUCGUCUCGAAUCAACUACGUUGCCUCAGUUGUUCACAUUAUCAUCAUCUUGUUCAUCAUCAUUUGUGGUCUUAUCAAYGCCRACACAGAGAACUACAAACMCUUUGCACCGAAAAAAGCCCGAGGAGUGYUCAAGGCCUCGGCUGUACUCUUCUUUGCUUAUGUUGGGUUCGAUGCUGUUGCAACCAUGGCCGAGGAGACUAAGAAUCCGGCCAAAGACAUUCCCAUCGGUCUUGUUGGCUCGAUGGUGAUCACAACCAUCCUAUAUUGCAUGUUGGCGAUAACACUUUGCUUGAUGCAACCAUAUGACCAGAUAAAUGUCGAUGCUCCUUUCUCGGUAGCGUUUAAAGCGGUAGGAUGGGAYUGGGCAAAAUAUGUAGUUGCYGCCGGAGCUCUAAAGGGUAUGACCUCUGUGCUCCUAGUUGGAGCCGUUGGACAAGCUAGGUAUUUAACUCACAUCGCUCGAACACAUAUGAUGCCUCCAUGGUUUGCAAUCGUGGACGCCAAGACCGGUACCCCCGUCAAUGCAACUGUYGUCAUGCUCAUGGCGACGGCUGUGGUUGCUUUCUUCACCAAACUUGACAUCCUCUCAAACCUCCUCUCCAUMUCCACACUCUUCAUAUUCAUGCUCGUAGCCGUCGCCCUCCUCGUCCGUCGCUACUAYGUCACUGGCGUCACCACCRCCGCCAACCGUAACAAGCUCAUCGCUUGCUUACUAACCAUCCUCYUUUCAUCAUGCGCCACUGCCRCGUAUUGGGGRAUCUCUAAACACGGUUGGAUCGGGUACUGCAUMACGGUCCCAAUUUGGGCAGCCGGAACCACCUCACUUUGGGCUUUCGUCCCACAAGCACGAGAACCGAAGAUGUGGGGGGUUCCGUUGGUACCGUGGCUGCCGUCGGCUUCAAUUGCGAUCAAYAUUUUCCUUCUUGGAUCGAUCGAUAAGGACUCGUUCAUUCGGUUUGCAGCAUGGACUGGGUUGUUGUUGGUGUAUUACUUCUUGUUUGGACUUCAUGCAGCUUAUGACACUGCUAGGGAGGAGGAGAAGCAAUGGAAGAAGGUUGAAGAAGGGAAAGAAAUGAAUAACGAGUUUGAGAAUAAAAAUGGUUUAAUAGCUACUUCUGAUGCAUCAUAGUUUAUUUUCUUACCUGAUUUUAUGGUUUUUAUUCUAAAAAUGUAUGUGUUUAUAUUAMAAGUGGAAGUGGUGGGUAUGAUAUUUAAAUUCAGUUGACAAAA